AUGAAGUACCCCAUGCCUCUGUUAGAAGAUACCCUGGUUGCGAAUGGCCCUCGAAAGUAUGGAUCUGACGGCAUUUCGGUGCCGGCUGGGAACUUUCCGUUGAAGGUGAUGCCCUUUGGGCUGACGAACGGCCCAGCAAUCUUUCAAUGCUUUAUCAACGACUGCCUGAGGGAUAUCCUGGACAUCUACUGCAGUUCGUACGCCGACGACAUCCUGAUCUAUUCAGAGUCGGCCGAGGAAAACGUGCGCCAGACCGAGGAAGUCAUUCGACGACUGGCAGCGGCAGGCCUACAGGGCGACAUCAAGAAGAGCUCCUUUUGCGUCACCGAGGUGGAUUACCUCGGGCUGGUGAUUAAGGCGGGGGAAGGUAUCGCCCUUGACCCUAAGAAGAAACAGGCCAUCCUUGAGUGGAGGCUGUCGGACCUAAAAUCUACGAAAGCCAUCCGAUCUUUCCUCGGAUUGGUUAACUUUGUCCGACGCUUCUCGAAAAACGACAACUCAUGGAAGCCGGUGGCCUACUUCUCCAAGACCUUGUCGUCAACAGAGACGAAGAGUGGAGGCCAGAGCUGGUUGGGGCCCUUUGAAGUAGUAACGGACCAUGAAGCUCUCAAGUACUUUGCGACAAAGCGGGUUUUAUCAUCUCGACAAGCCUGUUGGGCACAGAUUCUGUCGGAAUUUGACUACAAGAUGACAUACCGACCCGGGAAGGAGAACAUAAUUGCAGAUGCCCUGUCCCGGAAAAGCGAGAACUUCGAGACCGUCAGAGCCAGAGACCUGGAUUCCCGCACCAUGGAACUGGUCCCGAACGAUCGGAUUCCCAAGGAGGACCGGCGGAAGGGAGAUCGUAUCUGGGUGCCGGAGUACUCGUCAGAAGGGCUCGCACUGCGAACUGCCUUAAUCCGGAAGUCCACGAACCCAAAUCAAGGGGUCAUCCGGAAGAACAAGAUGAAGGCGAUGCUGCGGCCGUUCUAUUACUGGCCACGUAUGGAUGAGGAUCUCGCGCGCUACGCACGCAAUUGCCAGGCAUGCCAGGAACCUUGGCAUACCGUGCUGGUGGACGGAAAGGACAUGCCGAAUGAUCGAAAUGGAUUCGACUACGUUUGGACGUUCAUCUGCAAGCUGAGCAAGCUGAUUCUCACGAUUCCGGGGAAAAAGACAGACACCGCCGAAAGACUGGCCAAGCGAUAUUACCGCCGCGUGUUUGGUCACCUCGGUCUACCGAAGAUUUGGCUCUCGGACAACGGACCACAGUUCAUUUCGAAAUUCAUGGCCAAGGUCAACGAGAUGACGGGAACAGAGCACAAAUUCGGCAGUGCCUACCAUGCGCAGACUCAAGGAGGCGUGGAGAUUACCAACCAGUAUCUUGACCAACGCUUGACGUUUUACGUGUCGUAUUUUCAAGACGAUUGGAGCAUGACUCCGAUCGAGGCCUCCCAAGGGCGAGCACCCCACGCGGCUUUCGUUCAUAUAGCGACCGACAAGCAGGUCGGGGAUUGGACCGACGCCCAAAAGGCAGCCAAGGACUUUGUGAAUCGAGCCAAGAAAGCCAACAACGCGGCUAGAUUCUAA